CAGUAGUAGUUGUAGUAGUAGUAGAGUCCAUGUGAGAAUAGAACGCGCUCGGAGAUAUCUGCGAGGUAGAGGAGAGGAGAAGGAGAGAUGUGGAGACAUGUCCCGGAGAUAUUUGCGCCUGAUGCCCUGCCAAGUGGAAUGAGACGCCUGGGGAAAUGCAAGCAGAUGCCUGGAACCGUGACAGAAUGGUCGACUGCUUUAGCAAAGUCAUGCUGCACACGGUCGUCUCAUGCUGGCAACCAUUCCUGGGACUCACCCUGGUGGCUGUGUUCGUGGGCUCCACGCUGGGAUGCCCCUCACGCUGCGAGUGCUCCGCCCAAACCAAGGCGGUCGUCUGUCACCGCAAGAGGAUGCCCACCAUACCUGACGGCAUCCCCACAGAAACCAGGAUCCUCGACCUCAGCAAGAACAAGCUGACCAUGAUCAACCCGGAUGACUUCAUGAACUUUCCCGGACUGGAAGAGUUGGACCUCAGUGGGAAUAUUAUCAGUUAUGUAGAACCGGGAGCUUUUAAUGCGUUGUAUAACAUGCACUCCCUCAGUCUGAAGAGCAAUCGAAUCAAGCUCAUUCCAUUGGGCGUCUUUGCGGCACUGACCAAUUUGACCCGGUUGGAUAUAAGCGAUAACAAAAUCGUCAUACUGUUGGAUUACAUGUUCCAGGACUUGCACAAUCUUAAGUUUUUGGAAGUUGGCGACAAUGAUCUGGUCUACAUUUCCCACCGUGCGUUUAGUGGACUCAUGAGUUUGGAGAUUCUUACCUUGGAGCGAUGCAAUUUGACCGUUGUACCGACUGAAGCGCUUUCCCACCUGCACAACCUGGUCAGCCUUCAUCUUCGUUACCUCAGCAUCAGCACUUUGCAUCCCUACUCCUUCAAGAAACUAUUCCGACUGCGGCAUUUGGAGAUCGACAACUGGCCUUCCCUGGAUCAUGUCCCCGUGAAUACAUUGCACGGUCUCAACCUUACCACGUUGUUUAUUACCAACACCAAUUUGUCAUCGUUUCCUUAUCAAGCUUUGAAACACCUUCCAUUUCUGACCCACCUUAACUUAUCUUACAAUCGAAUUCGUCACAUUGAAGGCGGGAUGCUUUCGGAGUUGGUUCGCCUGCGGGAGUUACACCUGGUUGGGGCACAGCUUACCGCGAUAGAACCAUACGCUUUUCAAGGACUGCGUCAACUUAAAGUCCUCAACGUCUCCCAUAAUCGUCUGGACACACUGGAGAAGGGAGUUUUCCAAUCUCCGGAGACCCUUGAAGUCCUUUUGAUCGAUAACAACCCCUUGGUGUGCGAUUGCCGUCUCAUGUGGAUAUUGCAGAAAAGACAUUCUAUUUUCUUCGGAGAAUCACAACCGGAAUGCAGCACGCCUGAAGGAAUCCGAGGACGUCCUUUUAAGGAAUUUAAGGAAACGUUGCUGUCUUACUACGUGACGUGUACCAAGCCAAAAAUCCGCGAGAAUAAAACGCAAACGGUUACGGUUGAUGAAGGCCAGCAAGCUAUCCUACGCUGCAGCGCCGAAGGGACACCACGGCCUGUAGUCUCUUGGCUUUCCCCACGUAGGAGAGUCUUGACGAGUAGGAAUCACGGGAGGGUUACUGUCCACAAUAAUGGCACUCUGGAGAUCAAAUCAGCAGAGAUACAGGAUAGCGGUGUGUACCUUUGCCUAGCAUCCAACACCGCAGGGAAUGACACCCUCAUGGCCUCUUUAGCUGUGAAGAGCCUCGGUUCCUUGUACGCAAACAGGACCCUCUACUACACAGACCCUAGCAACUCCACCGCCAACGCAACCAGCAGUGUCACCUUGGGGUUAGACCUAAAGACUAUUCUGGUGUCGACGGCCAUGGGGUGUUUUACGUUCCUUGGAGUGGUUUUGUUUUGUUUCCUCCUCCUUUUCGUGUGGAGCAGAGGGAAAGGAAAGCAUAAAAAUAACAUUGACGUCGAAUACGUUCCACGUUCGAAGUCCAACGGUACCAAUGUGGAUUCAGCAGAGGGACAAGCCGCCGGGCGUCGAUUCAACAUGAAAAUGAUGUGACUUUAUUUUAUAACUGUGGAUUUUAACAAAGCCCAAAGUACAGUGCAAUGUAUUUUUUUGUUCGAACUGGAUUACUGAACUUCUGGAUGGAAGAAAGUUGAAGGUGAACUUCACGGGAAAGACUUUAUCCUAAAUCGUUGGAUAUUAACAAUACCUUUCGCUCAUGUGGAGAUAUAAAAAUAGCCAGUGAGACAUCCUUUUAAAUAGCUUCUAGGAGGCUAUUUUCGAAUGGAUAAGCAACAAUGGAACUUUUACCGCAAAGAACCUAACGUGAAUAAGUGUCAGUUAUGAGCUUUGAAAUUGAUAUAUUAAAAUUUAUAUGCCCAAAAAAAGAACAUUUUUUGGGCAGGAUCUAUGGACUCGACCAUGUACAGGCAAAAAUUUGUAUCUAACUAUUAACCUACUUUGUUUAGUCUUGCGCCAUGCUUAUUCAACCAACCAAUCAACAGAGCAGACCAUAAAUCCCUAUGUUUAGUACUUUACAUAUGUGUACCUAAUGCUUUAUUAUGUACAUGUACGUGCAACAUUCAAAAUACCUUCAUAGCAAUAUAUGGGAUGCAUUAGCCAAAAUUGGUGAUCAUUGUUGACUUUUCCAACGAUACCGGAAAGGGCUCCUAUGGAUGGUUCUCUGUCCCUAUCUCCCAAUUGACCUAUAGAUAUGAAUAAAUAUAUAUUAUUUAUCAAUGAAAAUAUAGAAAAGGUAAUUUAUAUGUAAAGGAGUUGAGAAUUCUUUUAAAAUCUUGCCAACACUGUUCAGGAUUCGUAUAACUUUUGGAUCUGUAUAACAGUGACCCAUUGCUGGUCGAAGUACCCACACGAAACACCUUCUCGUCCUCUUUUUUUGUCUUUUUGAUUCCUUUGACUGUAUCGUUACUGGUUGGCAAACUACAUGUGUCAAUUUUACUAGUGACAUUUGCAUCAUUUUCCCCCGGUAGGAAAAUUUAACUUUGUUGUGGUAGUUUCUCAUUUUGUUGUUUGAAUCAUUUAGAUUGUGAAAAAAAAAUUCAAAAAAGUUAAAGUUUAAAAAUGUAUGUGAAAUAAAUCGAGAUGUAUUUGU